UCAGGUUCUGUCCAUUGCCACAAUGAUUUCGUAUCGGAUAAACAUUAGUCACCAAUGGCCUAUAUGGGGAGGAAUAUAUCAUCCACAUACACAAAAUAUCUGUAAAUGGCAGCAGACAGAGAGAGAGAGAGGCUGAGGCAGAGAAGUGAGAAUAUGGCUCAAGCAGAUAACUCUAACAGAUGGAGUCUUCAAGGCAUGACUGCACUUGUUACUGGUGGAACCAAAGGAAUCGGAAAAAGAUUUUGUACUUUUCCAAAUUUGACACCAAUUACUGCAAUUAGGCAUGCUAUCGUAGAGGAAUUGGCAGGACUAGGAGCUAGAGUACAUACAUGCUCCCGAACUGAAACUGACCUCAACAAAUGCUUACGUGAAUGGAAAGCAAGGGGUUUCCAAGUUACAGGUUCGGUCUGUGAUGUUUCAUCUCAGGCCCAAAGGGAGAAGCUACUGAACACAGUCUCCUCUGAAUUUGAGGGGAAACUUAACAUCUUGAUAAACAAUGUUGGGACGAAUGUUGUGAAACUGGUUUCGGAGUACACAGCGGAAGAAUUUUCAUUUCUUAUGAGUACCAAUUAUGAGUCAGCUCAUUACGUGAGCCUACUUGCACAUCCUCUUUUGAAAGCUUCAGAAGCAGGAAGCAUUGUGUUUCUCUCUUCGGUUGGUGGCCUAACUCCAGUAAGAUUUGCGUCUAUAUACGGAGCAACAAAAGGGGCCAUGAACCAGCUUGCAAAAGUCUUGGCAUGUGAAUGGGCUGGAGAUAAUAUUCGGGUUAAUGUUGUUGCACCAUGGGUGAUCAGAACUCGCCUCAGUGAAAGCGUUUUUCAAGAUGAAAAAUCAAUUGAGGCUGUCAUCAAUCUAACUCCGAUGGGACGCACUGGAGAGCCAAAGGAAGUGUCGGCGAUGGUGGCAUUCCUGUGUUUACCUGCAGCUUCUUAUAUAACAGGGCAGAUUAUUUAUGUUGAUGGAGGGAUGACAUUGAACGGCGUCUUCUUCCCAACACUGAAAACACAUCUGUUCCCACGUCCCAACCCAAAAUUGUAGUUUUGUAAUGUAAAGGUUUCAUGGACUGGGCCAAGAUGGGCUAUGGCUCGAGCCUUGGAAGCUAGUCAAGCCCACUUAUAAGCCCAAACUUUGGUAAUAAUAAUAGCACUUUUUUAUAUACUGUGAGUAAAUUUUUAUUUAAUUAAAUUAAAAUAUAUUACUUAUUUAACCAU